AUGAGGACAGUAAUCGAUUCGUCUGUGCUGCUUAUGCUGAGGUGUGGUCAACACGUCCAUCGGUAUUUUGUUCUACCAAUAAAUCGUUGCAAUCGACCACACUCGCAGUGGGCUGCCAGGGUCCGUGGCCGACACGUCCCAUCCGCCUCAAAGCGCCUCAUCCGUCUAGUCGACCCUCUCACUUCGACUAAGUACACUUCGGCAGGUAGCCCACAAGAGGUCGAACCAAGAGGACCGGGACCAGCACACUGGACGCCCCGGAGCCAAGGUAGGAAACGUUAG